UCCCAGUCACCGCGCCGGAGUCCGGGUCCCCACUUUGGGAUGUAAAUGAACCGGGCAAUGGCCUGGCGGAGCUCUGGGGAAAGGACUUCGCUGGGAGGACGGAUAAAGGGAGCUGACUUUGUUCGUUGUCUCUCUCUGGGAUAGUUAACAUUAUUAUUUAGAGAGAAAAUGUGAUGAUGUAAUUGAAAAAGAAAAUCUGCAUUUGGGAAGCUUGGAUACCCUCUUGCUUCCCGUCGGUAGGGGCCUCGCAGGCCCUCGGGGCCCCGGCAAGAUGCGAAUCCAGAAAAGCGUUGUCGUGUUCGCCUUUCUCCCUUCUCGCUGCCUCCACCCUCGCCCCCCUCACCUCCUUACUCCAAAUCCUUCCAGUUGGCCUUGGGCUUUGCCGGGGAGUCUUCCCCGCCGCCCUGGGCCAUAUCUCAGAUCUGCCUGCAAAAUCCCCUCGGCGCAAAGAGGGAACAUUUUGAAGAUAGUGACUCAACCAGGCACAUAAACAUAUAAAUUAGACAUAAUUCCUAAACCGUAUUUGAUAACAAUUUAGAUAAAAUGUUCACAGGAUAUUUCUUCUUCUAAAAAGUUGUGUCAUAAUGUUUCUAUUCAUAUAACCACAUGAUAUGAGAUUAAUAUAUUUUAAGUUGUAUUUUGACAUAAUUUGACUUAGAAAAAUGUCACCGAGAUGGUAGAAAUAAUUCCACUAUAUCCUUCACACAGCUUCCCCAGAUGUUAACAUUUAACACAACUAUAGCACGAUGAUAAUAAGGAAAUUAGCAUUCUUACUACUCUGUUAACUAAUCUACAGAUAGUAUUUAAAUUUCUACAAUUAUCCAACAAAUGUAUCCCCCCCCCCCUUUCUAGUCCAGGAUUCAAUCCAGGACUCAAUUCAAUCCAGGAUUCAAAUUCAAAUGCAUUUGUCAUAUUUACAUAGAUAACUUCUGAUCUGUGAUAGUUUCUCUCUUUUUCAUAAUGACACUUUUGAAGAGUACUACUCGCCAAUUAUUUUGUGACUGUCCUUUGGUUUGUUUAGCAUUUUUUCAUUAUUAAAUUCUGGUUAUGCAUUUUUUUGGGCAAAAAUGUCACAGAAGUUAUGUUGUACCUUUCUCACUGCCGGUCUGUCAUCCUAAUGCAGAGGAUGUCAAUGUGUCAUUAAUGGUGAAGUUGAUUUAAUACUUGGUUGAGGUGGUGGCUGCCAGUUCUGUCCAAUGAAAAGUUGUGAUUUUCCUUUUUUGCACUGAAUCAUAGGAGGCAAACACCCUCAUUAUAUGCAUACCAGUUUAUUCAGAUUCUUGACUGCAACAGUUAGUCCCGUGGUGUUUGCCAAUGGUGAUUUUUUUUCUAUUUUCAUCAUUCCUGUUAAAUUUCAGUCUGAUUAUUUAAAUACACAAUAACUUUUUAAAGGAAAAGGCUUUUACUUUUCUGCUUUAAUCUAGGGGCAAAAAGGCAUUUGGAGGCUGUAUAAUAUGCUUUGGAAUUAGUGGCUAAAAUGGAAUUUAUGAAUGUAUUACAAAUAAUUGAAUUCUAAGAGUAUUUCACUAUUCUCAGUACUUGUAAGGACAUGGAUUCCAAAAUCACAGUUUACAUGGGCUUACAAGUUCAUUAAUUGAAUUGGUUUUUAUUACUCCUGUGUUUGUGCCCAUUUUCAUAAAUGGUACAUGUAAAAUGAUAAUUAAAAGUAGGACAAAAAGUCUUCCAUAUUAUUUCCAAUAUGCCGCUUAUUUUAGCUGGCACUUGCAAAACUGAUAUUUGAAUUAACAAUACAUUUGACUCUCAGUCAAAAUUUCACUUUAUUUAGCCUCAGUGUUUGCUGAAAGGAUUUACUGGAAGUUGAAAGCACUGCAAGGAAGAUAAAACUCUUGUGGGUGAAAUUUAUAGAUCUUUUUCAUGGGUUAUUCGGCUAUCAAGCUUUUGAUAGAUCUCAUUUGUUUCAGUUACCCUGUGCAGCAUUCUCCCUAACUUUUAUCAUCGCAGAUGGAAAACUGGUUCAAGAUUGGGUCUCAGCCUCGAUGCCAAUUUUCUUUGUGUUCAGUUAGAAGGAAGAUGGGGGAGAGUAAGUUUAGUGUUUUUACUUUUUAAAUCACUGACCUUUUGAGUAUCUGAUAUCUAUGAGUCCUUUCGCAGGGAAAAUGCACAAACCCACAUGUUGCAUUAAAGCAGAAGCAAUCCGGUGUCAAAUGGGAGGUAGAGAGGAGGCUGCUGAGAGGGAAAAGCUGGUCUCCAGUCUGCCACAGGUUCCCCAGACAGUUUCUCCUCCUGCCAUAUGGCGCAGCCAGCCUCCCUGGCGGCUCAGGUGGGGCUGCUAAGGCUGCCCAGCCCAUCUGGCUCCCUGUCAUUCCCCUCUAAACCCCUCCCUUAGCCCCCAAUAUCAUCCUCUCCUUUAUUCCUUAGGCCUCAGUCUGCUCAGCUUUCCUGCUGACUCCUCACUACGCAUGCGGUGCUCCCUGUCACCAGCGUUCACCCGCGCUUUCACCUCGCCCUCCAACCAACCUCUUGGUUGGGAAGGCGGCUCAGCAGCUCAAGGGAGGGACAUGGCUACUGCACAGAAGAACUUCUAGGAGAAACGUCAGUGGCCCCCCUUAUCAUCAGCACAGCAAUCUUGCCACGUUUUCCUUUUUUUUUUUUUUUUUGCCACGUUUUCCUAUUUGAAAAAUGGAGCAAGAGCUGAUGAACACGUUGGGAGAACACGUCUAAAAUCAGUGGCUUACACAGACGGUGAACAUUACCCAUAGAGAGAAGGCCUCGUUACAACGAAACCUCCCCCCCCCCCCCCUUGAAAAUGGAAAGAAGGAGAACGUCAUGCGGGUGCUCGCCAAAGACCUGAGGCAGAAGAGAAGUCCAGGUUCUCCCAAGAUAUUUGAUGAAAUGAAGAUUACAUAUUCUAGCUUCAAGAGCAAUUUUGUGAAGAGGCUGUCGGCGGAGGUUCCCGUUGCCAGUAGCCCAAUUGCCACCAGAUGGCGGCAAAACCAAGCUCGGGAUCCGGCGGCCUGCUCCUUUGGGGAAGAGUUUUCAACCACUUACCUCCCAGAAGCAUCUGGAUCCGUGCUGGAGAAAACACCCGAGAAAGAGACUUUGGUUCUAGGGUCCUACCAAGAACCACUGAAAACCCCCAUCAAAGGAAGUUUUGAAACAAAUAACUCUGCCCUCCGUUUUUGCAAGGCACCUCAUGCAUUGGACAGAGGCUGGAAUGAAAACAUUGCCUCAAAAGGCCAGAAAUGCCUAAACCAACUAUUUUUGACCCAGAAGGUGGUUCAGUGGGUUAGUGGGCAAAUGCAACUCUGUGAGCCAUCCCAAUGUGUUUGGAAAGGCUGCAGAAAUGGAGUUGGAGAUGAAUCCUUCCAUCUUAAAAGAUUCGGUGAUAUAGACUAUUCCAUACUCCAACCAGAAGUGAAGAUUCAUCUUUCUGGUCUUCGAAAUGACUAUUAUCUGAAUAUUCUAGACUGGAAUUUUCGAAAUCUUGUUGCUGUAGCCCUUGGAUCCUCUGUGUUCAUAUGGACUGGGGAAAACAACGUGAUUGAAAAUAUAGACUUAAGUCUCAAUUGUAGCUAUAUAUCCUCUGUGUCCUGGAUAAAAGAUGGAAACUGCCUGGCAGUUGGCACCAGUGAAGGAGAAGUACAAGUAAUGUUAUGGGAUGUAGUAACUAAAAAGCGGCUGAGAAAUAUGCUUGGUCAUUUGUCAGUGGUUGGGGCUCUGAGCUGGAAUCACUGUAUUCUCAGCAGCGGAUCGAGGCUGGGCCGUGUUUAUCACCACGAUGUUCGGGAAGCCCAGCAUCACGUUGGAUCACUUCACCACAAGCAAGCUGUCUGUGCUCUGAAGUGGUCGCCUGACGGCAGGCUGCUUUCCAGUGGCUGUAGUGAUGGACUGCUGGCAAUAUGGCCCCAUGACCCAGGUGUGAGAACACAGACUCAACCGCUGAAAGUUAUAUCCCAACCUACAGCAGUCAAGGCCAUGGAUUGGUGUCCCUGGCAGUCUGCAGUCCUUGCCGUUGGAGGCGGAAUGAGAGAUGGGCACUUACGUAUCUUGGACAUAAACACUGGGCGAAGUAUCCAGACCCCGAGCACAAACUCACAGAUUUGUUCCCUACUCUGGCUGCCUAAGACAAAGGAGAUUGCAACUGGCCAAGGUACUCCUCAGAAUGAUGUGACUACGUGGGCCUGUCCUGGUCUGGCCAGGUCAGGUGGAUUUUUUGACUCUGAGAAUGCUAUCUGGCAACAACAAAACACCCUUAACAGAAAGACUUCCUGCUCCUGCUGCUCAGUCUGGCCUCAGAAUGACUUUUAUAUCCCUAAGCUGUUAUAUACCUUGAGAUUUGGUAAAUAAAAACGUAUGCAGCUCUUAACAGAG